AUGGAAACACCAAACAAACAAAAAUCAGAAACUAAACAAGAAACAACAUCAACUGACUCAGAUCUAUACUCAACUAUAGACUCUUCAACUCUCGCUUCUAACAACAACAACAACAACAGCAACAACAUGCCAUUCGACAAGAAGGACUUCACUAGAGUCCAGAGUGGCUUUGAAGUGCAGUCGAAAUCACCACUCUUAUCAAAUGAGGAUUCAACAACUGAUAAUGAAGACAUCACAAGAGAUGACAUCAACGAAACACAACCGAAUCAUGACACAUCAAAUGAAAACAUACAGAUCAAACUACCAGUUGACGAUGAAGAUGAUACUUCUGUUCUUAUGACUUUCCAUAAUACAAAACCUUCACCAUUAAUUAUUGUCCUCACUAUUAUUUCCUCAAUUUCUGGUUUCAUGUUUGGUUAUGAUACAGGUUAUAUCUCAAGUGCUCUUGUGGCGAUUGGAACUGAUUUAGAUGGGAAAAGAUUAACUUAUGGUGAAAAAGAGAUCAUCACCGCUGCUACAUCUUUAGGUGCUUUAAUUACUGCUUUAAUGGCUGGGUUAUGUGCUGAUUUCUUUGGUAGAAAACCAACAAUUAUGAGUUCAAAUGCAAUGUUUUUAAUCGGUGCAGCUUUACAAUGUGCUGCGAAGACUUUUUGGGUCAUGGCCGUCGGUAGAUUUAUCAUGGGUUUUGGUAUUGGUAUUGGUUCUUUAGUUUCACCUUUAUUUAUUAGUGAAAUUUCUCCAUCAAGAUUUAGAGGUCGUUUAACUGUGAUUAAUUGUUUAUGUAUCACUGGUGGUCAAUUAGUUGCUUAUGGUUGUGGUGCUGGUUUAACACAUGUUCAUAAUGGUUGGAGAAUUCUUGUUGGAUUAAGUUUAAUACCUGCUGCUAUUCAAUUUUUCGUUUUCUUUUGGCUACCUGAUACUCCAAGAUAUUAUAUUAUGAAGGGGAAAUUAGAUAAAGCUUGUGCAGUGUUGAAAAGAACCCAUUUAGAUUCAACUGAUGAAUUGAUUGAAGAUAAAGUUGCUGAAUUAGCAAGAUUAAAUUCACAAAUUCCUGGUAAAACUAUUCUCCAUCAAACUUGGAAUGCCAUCAAGGAAGUUCACAGUGUUCCAUCAAAUUUAAGAGCUUUAGUAAUUGCUUGUGGGCUACAAGGUAUUCAACAAUUUACAGGUUUCAAUUCCCUUAUGUAUUUCAGUUCCACAAUUUUUGAAACUGUUGGAUUUAAUGAUUCUACUGCAGUUUCUAUUGUUGUUGCAGGAACAAAUUUCAUUUUCACAGUCAUUGCAUUUUUCAUUAUUGAUAAAGCAGGUCGUCGUUUAAUGUUACUAUUGGCUAUUCCAGGUAUGAUGGUUUCAUUAAUUCUUUGUGCAAUUGCAUUCCAUUUCCUUGGUGUCAAAUUUGAUGGUGGUCAUGAUGCAGUUGUUGAAACCACAGGUAUUACAGGAUGGGGGAUCCUUGUUAUUGUUGGUAUGAUUUUAUAUGUUGCCACAUAUGCUAUUGGUAUUGGUAAUGUUCCAUGGCAACAAUCUGAAUUAUUCCCACAACAAGUUAGAGGUAUUGGUACUUCAUAUGCCACUGCUGUUAAUUGGGCAGGUUCAUUAGUUAUUUCAUCAACUUUUUUGACAAUGUUACAAAAUAUAACACCACCUGGUACUUUUGCCCUUUUCGCUGCAUUAUGUGCUGUGUCUUGGGUUUUCACAUUCUUUUGUUAUCCAGAAUUAAGUGGAUUAGAAUUAGAAGAAACUAAACAAUUAUUAACUGGUGGAUUCAAUAUUAAAGCUUCAAAAAUUUUAGCUAAAAAGAGAAAGAAGCAUGUUGAUGUUGAACGUCAAGUUAAAGCAUCUCAUGAAAUCGUACAUCAUGUUAGUCAAGAACAAGUUUAA